AUGGACAGUUUACUGAGUGGAUUAGCGCUUUCGAUGCUUUUACGCUCGGUCUCCGCUGUCGCUGGUACCAUCAGCCUUCCGAUCGAGGUCCAGAAAUCGCCGCAACUUACUCACAGGGCCACGGGGGUCAAGGACGUCACUCUCGUCAACAAUCAAAGUGAUAUGAGUGACCGAUACUACGGCAUCAAAAUCGACGUUGGCACCCCGUACCAAGAGCUGUCUCUGGCGCUGAACACGAGAUCUUCCGACACGUGGUUUCCCAACUUCAACCCCGUCAAGUCGAGUACUUUCGUCAAUGGAUCUUUUGGCUCUAUUGAAGUGGCUUACGGGGACCCAACUACGAUCCCAUCGAGCGUCCAAAAGUUUCAUCUGGACUACUUUGAAGAUGUCUUUAGGAUUGCCGGAGUGAGAAUUUCCAAGCAGCGUUUCGGUAUACCGAGUAAGGGACCCGAUGGACUACCCACAGGUGGGCUUCUCAGCAUCGGCCCUAACCUGCAAUUUGGCUACGGACGGAACAAGCCGUUCAACACCAUCGUCGACAGCUUGGCAGCCCAAGGUGCGAUAGCAAGCCGGACAUACAGCGUUGAUUUACGAGGCUUUGAUGAAAAGAAAGGCGUUCUGCUUUUCGGUGGUGCCGAUACAGGCCGUUUUAGUGGCGAACUUGUGAGGCGUCCGCUCCUCAAAGAUGAGCUCGGCACUUGGGCGCCGUCUAUUGCCCUCACAGGUAUGGGCCAGACAAGCUCGAAUGGCUCGGUGCAAGCCUACGGCGUAAACGCCGCCGACUCCAUCUUCACGCUGGACACGGCCAACCAGUACAUGCGGCUCCGCCACUCCUUCGUCGACCCUUUGCUGCGGGAUUUAGGCGCGAUCAACGACGGAAACGACUUGUACACCGCGCCAUGCUCGAAAAGGGAUGGACCUGGCAGCUGGGACUUCCAUUUCGGAAAUGCGACGAUCAAGAUCCCAUACAAGAACCUUAUUCUGGACGCAACUGUGGAAGAAAACAGCGACUAUUGCCUGGUCGCAAUCCUGGUUACGUGGAAGGGACAACUCGUCCUUGGAGGCAAGUAA